CCUCAGACCGGGAACAUUUUGAAAGUAGCUGGGUGGGACUGUGCGGUUUGUGUUUGUCACAGUGAGCAGACAGCGUUGGCUUUUAGUCCAGUCCUAAUCAUAUUGUAGAAGUAUAACUCUUAAUUUUAACACUUUAUGGAGCAAGAACCAGGACAACAACACUCCGCUGGGGGAGCAGUAAACAUGGCGGACAUCGUGGUAGAGGAUGUGGAGUCCUUCGUGAAUAUUGAUCUGGAGACAAACACCGAAACUUCAGAUCACGGCAUGUCCAUCAUUUCUCAAGGUCUGUUUAAAGUUCAUGACAAUUUUUUUCAUUGUUUUCUGAUUAUUCAGAUCAUAUAAACGUCAACUAUCACUCAAGGUCUGAUUAAAGUUGUAUUAUCUUAUUUUCUAGUGUGAUUUACUCAGAUCAGUACAGGUCCGUUAUCAGUUUAAACCGGUUUACAGCAUGAUUAUUAUAUCUGAAUAUGAUUGCUGUUGUAGUUUUUAUUGUUUAAUGUGAAAGGAUCGUGUUUUGAAUGACCAUCUCUGUUAGCCUCAUUAGUUAGCGACGUCACGCGCACAGCUGUUGGGACUUUGACGUCAUUAAUGGCGUUCAGCCUGAUGUGAUCCUGCCGCAGUGAUCAGUAGUUGAGCAAACAUGGCUGUCUCAGGUUAUCCAUUUUAAGACUAGACGCUACUCAAAUAGGUUAUUACAGCAGAUACGAGAAUCUUCAGGAAUCAUCCAAUCAGCAUUUAUUAAUUCUGUGGAGGCAACCUGGAGGAGUUAGACAGGUAGAGAAUCUGUAGAGAGUAGGGCUGGGCGAUUUGGCAAAAAAAAAAAAAAAAAAACGAUCAGUGAUAUUUUGUCAUAUCAUCCAAUCUUGAUUAUUAUCACAAUUUUUUUUAACUACCUGUUUUAAAGAAUCUGUACUAAAAACUAAAGAAGCUAGUUUAGUUAGUUCAACAUUUUAUUAACAUACAAAGUAAAUAACAAAGCAAAUUCGCUGACAUACCUUGCACAUCGGCUUAAUUGCUCAACGUCACUUUGGAGAUACCCGAACUACCGCCGCACAACCGACAUAGAAUAACUUCUCAACAAUAACAUCUUUGGAGAAUAACCCAAAGUCAUGGCUGACAACUAUUUUGCUGCUGAGCAGGAAAAGCUUCACUCUGAUUGGCUGUUGUGACGCACAUUUCCGCUGUUUGAUCGAGUAAAUAUGCUCACAGCUGAUCAUCGUGAUCGAAAAAUUUAUCACAAUCAUCGAUCACGAUCAUAUAAUCACCCAGUCCUGGUAGAGAGUGCAGUUUACUAGACUGGAAAGAGGUGGGGGUCAGAUCCCAAGAUCCACAGAAGGCCAAGACAAGCAGCAUAGCAUUCUAAAUAAGUUGCAGACACACAAAACACAUAUCAACAUUUACUGAAUCAUACAGCAGAAGUCAUCAUUCAAAGCAUCUAGGUACAGCUGGGUGCAUCUUCCUCCUACACCAGGGGUGUCAAACUCAACCACAGCAAGGGCCAUAAUCUGAAUUUAGGUCUCACCUGAGGGCCAAACAGGGUCAACAUUUAACCCAAACUGUCAACCUUCUUCCCAAAAUAUGUAACAAAAACAGCAAUGAUUAUAAAUCAUUUGGAAAUUCAAAAAAGAUACGUUUAAAGGCAAUCUUUGACACCACUCAUGGGUAACAGACAAUUUAUCCCAGGAAUCGGGAGUUCUGUUUUUAGGUCUUGGUAUGAUAAAGGUAUUGGGGUUAUAGGAGACUUGUUUGACAAUGAUGGUGUUUUUAUGUCUUUUAGAAUGAUUGAGAAUAAGUAUGGAGUUCCAGGAAAAGACUUCUUCACUUAUCUACAGGUUCUCCAUUUUAUAAAUGUGGGCAUUGAGUUUCCUUCAGACCCACCCAGUCUCGGGCCUUUGGAAAAAUCUAUUAUGUACUACACACAGAAAAAAGGUUUGAUUACAUACUUUUAUAACAUAUUCUUGGGUCAGAACAAACACAACUUGGACAAUCUGGUGGGGAAAUGGGAAAAGGACUUUGGGACUGAAUAUGGUAAGGACUGCUGGAUGAGUUGUAUUGAAUCUACUCACACCAUCUUCCUAGGUAAUAGGUUUAAAGAGAUGCAAUACAGGAUUCCUCAUAGACAACAACUCACCUGUCCUCGGGCUUCAUCAGUCUGAUUAACAGCCUGACACACAGAUCUCUGCAGACAUUAAUAAAUCUGUUUGAUAACAGAGUAGUGUUUAAAUCUGUCAAUCAGAGCUUUGUUUGCUGUCUCUCUGAUUAUCAAACACUUGAUCAUAUCAGACUGAGAGCUCACCUGACAGCAGAUCAGGACAGUACCAUCGUUUCAAAGUCUUUGUGAUUAGAAAUCAUCCAGAGUGUGUUUAACAGAGCAGAAAUGUGUGACCCACUUUAUUCUGCAGCCCACCAUACAAGUAUCUGUCAGACUUGUUGCUGCAUCCUCUGUACUUGUUAAACUUGUCUGACUUGUUUAAACAGCAAAACAAGGUUAUAACAUUUAAUAGUUUAUCAUUAGUUUGAACUUUUUUACUUCAUUAUUGCUUUUGUCCUGGGUUACAUUUUCUUGAGGAUUUUUUUGGGUCAUUUUUCUGCCCCUUUGUUGGGACGGCUUCAGACAGAGAGACGGGAUACAUCGAGACAGUAAAGGGGGAUGACAUUCACCAAACAGGCACCCUCUGUGGAAAAAGCCUGCUCUAGCAACUAAGUUAAACCAGCACCCUGAAUUCCAUUGAGUGUCAUUUUUUUAUAAUGCUUGUUUUCCUUGUUCAUUUAAGUGAUUAUUUUCAGAAACUGUCGCCCUGAUGUCAGACAGGGUGCAUUAGAAACAAAGAGGCUUGACUUCAUGCUGCCACUUGCUGAUGUAAAAGAGCCACAGCUAAAAAGAAAAACAGAAAAUAAAUCCUGAGUAUGUGUGAUAUAAACUGAUACAGGCAAAAAUUGGAUGUUACAUGUGUGAUUCAACCGGGAUAAUACAUGAGUACUGGCAGGUAAUGUGUUAAGAAGUAAAUUAUCUGUUUAUGACCGGCUACUGGUAUGUAUGGAUGAUAAAGUGAUGUGUUAAUUAUACCCAUGCAAUAACAGCCUAUGUGCGUCAACAAGUUUCAACAUGUACGGUAGUUGUUCUUGGUGUGAAAACUGAACACAUUACAUGGUCGGGUGUGGGUCUAGGGUCCUACCUGGUUGCAGCAAAUGCGCUUGCAUGACACUGAUGACAGAGAUACUGGUGUGCAAACUUUUCAAGUCACAGAUCAUCUAUCCACAUGACCAAUAAAAAGUUCUCAGCCUUUGCGUCUGCUUUGUCAGUGGUGGAUAUUGUGAAGUGUCCCCCACAAUAAAUGUUUCCAAUGACCUUAUGCACAGGUGCAGUCCCUCUGCUGCGUGCAACACCUCUGCAAUACAAUGCAAGUACUGUAUUGAUCCCCAAAGGGAAAUUUGUUACUUCUAGCUGCUUGAUCUCAUUGAAACAUGAUUUAAGUUCAAACACUGAUAGCUCAAUUAAGUAUCAGAUCACAAGUUGUUUAUCUAGAUUGAAAACAGAAUGAAAAUGUUUGUACUUAGCAAUCAAAUACUCCAUACUUGAUUAAUUGUUAACAUCCCAAACAGUAGAAUUAAAAACUUGUCUAGUUCAGGGUUUUUAAAAUUGCAAAAUUAGAGUAACAGGUUAACUAUAAUAAAGAGUGGACUUGGUGUUCUUCACAGACAAAAAGGAGAAUCUGUUUGUAUUUUUGUUCGGCCAAAACGAUUGAAAAAUUUAGGCAUGUAAGAUAUAAGCACAAAUCUAGUAUUGUUCAUCCUGACAAAGUCCUUCAUCAUCAUUGUCAGGCAAAUCCUCUUUGAUGACACACCUGUGUUUCCUCUCAGCUCUGUUCCAGGGUGCAGAGGAUGAAGGCGACAGUGAUGAUGAAGAUGAUGAAGAUGACGACGACAGUGGCACAGACCACUAUAACUGCGUGAGGGGCGGGACUCAGCUGCAGAGGUGUGAGCGGCAGCCAGGCAUGCAAUCAACUGUUCCCGAUACCUUUCAGACUAGUCACCUGCUGUUCUACGAGAGGUUCAAGGCCUACCAGGACUACAUGCUGGGUAAAUACAGUUCAACACAUGCAGUAUGAAAAUAGAAUAAUUGUGAUAAUUAACAAAACAUUGAUCUCUAUGUACAUGUGUGUAUGUAGGAGACUGUAAGCCCUCUGAGGUGAAGGCGUUUACAGCAGAUUACCUGGAGAAGGUGUUGGAGCCAUGUGAUUGGCUGGCUCUGUGGUGCACUGACGUGUUUGAUGUUCUGGUGGAGGUGAGAACAACCCCUGAAAACAUACCCCCUUGUCUGUGAUGCUGUCUUUCUGACGCACAAGUGUUCUGAUUCAAAGUGGCUGAAGUGUUGAGUAACGCCAGGUUUUCUAUCACCCUGGAGAUCUGAGCAGACAUGUUAGUGACCACAGCUCACGCUCUUCAGUCCUCAGUGUGUUUAUGUGUGUAUUCUGAUGACCUGUUGGUCUUCCAGGUGCAGGACCUGGACCUGAAGGACCUGAAAGCGUGCGUGCGGUUAGUUCUUCCUCUACAGUGUGACACACGUGGCUGUGAUCUCUCUGAAGAUUCGAUGACAGCUCUGCUGGAGGCCACACAACACAGAGUCCCCCUGCAGGAGGUGCAUGCAGUCUAUGAUGCAUCAGGAGACUUUGACCUGACUGCACUGGCUCUGGAGCACCUCAGGUGAGAAUCUGCAGUUGUGACGCUGAUCCUUGAACUCAUCUGCUGCAAAUCCUCAGAUAGAGACAGCUAUUCAAUUUGGGAAUCAUACAGAGAAGAAACUGUUGUCUUGAUCACCGUGAUUCGAAAGGGGCGAUGUUUCUUAAUACUCCAUCACAAUUGCAUAAUUGAUCAUUUAAAGGUAUGCAAACAUCACUGGUGCAUGAAGACACUAGGUGCUUGGUAGUGCAGUUUGUGAAGCAUUACACCAUUUUUGCUUUACGAGUUACACAGUGGCUUUGUCCGAAAUGGAUCCCUAACCCCUGUAUAGAUGACUAUAGGGGGGUUAGUGCCAUUUUGAGGGGUGUCCAAAACCUGAGUGAUCAAUUCCAGUGCCCCCAUAUUGGCGACUCAAAAUUUCCUAUAAAGCAUUGCAAAAUGUAGCGACCAUCCAAUGGUCACUCACCGGUGUUGGGCAUCCCGUCAUAAAUUGCGUCUUGCCAUGUAGUGUCCGAAACCUCGGGUGAUUGAGUUCACUACAUAGUCAACUAUAUAAUAAAACCCCAUAUGAGGGUUAGGGAUUAGGGAUUGAGUGAUUCAUUACAGAUACAGCCAGUGUCUUUUUAUCUGAGCUUAAAGAAGUAGACUCUCCUUUUGUGCUAAAAUAUAAACAAUUAUACUUUAAAGUCUGGGAAUUUGAAAUCAAUUUCUGCCUCUAUUAGCCUGUUCCAUAUUUCGAGAGCUGGUACCUUCAGAAGUAGGGUUGCAAAGGGGUGGAAAAUUUCCGGUAAAUUUCCAGAAACUUUGGGAAGGUAAGCCUGGUGAUUUUUGGAAUAUUCCAAAUUGGAAACUUUACAUAGGAAUUAUGGGAAUUAUUGGGAAUUAACUGGAAAUUGUGGGUAAUUUAAACAAACUGUAUCAUAUCCAAACAUAAAUGUAAAUAUAUUUCCUUCAACAUUAGCUUGUGUGAAAUGCUUCCACACAUCAGAUGGUGAACGUGGCAUUUUUCUGUAGAAUAAAAAAACAAAAAAGCUUGUAAAAACACUAAUGCAAUGAACAGAGAUAUCGUUGGCUAAACAGCUGCAAUGGUCCUCAAAAUAUUUGACUACUGAUGUAUAAAUUAUUGUAUGGUUUCAGAAAACCGUCUUGCAGGAGUCAGAAGAAACAGCAUCACAUUUGAGGUAGCUACCACCACCAUAAUAAGCUAGCCCCUUAAAUGGUCAAUGAAAUGAAAAAUAGCUUACAUUUAGCACAUACUUUUAAGAAUUUUUUUUUUGUUAGUUAAAUAUUGAUACUAUUAAAAAUCAGAUAUAUUUACCCCAUAAUAUUAUCAAAACUAAUUUGACUUUAUGUAGUCUGUGGACUCAAAUGUCUUGUGCUCUGCGCUCAAAAGUGUGGCCUCCAGGGUUCAAGAAAUCAUCUGUGCGUGUGAUGGAGGAAUGCACAGUGCAUGUAGGGGGUGUGGCCUCAAUAGCCUUGCAGUACACAGUGUGCUGUGUGCAUGUGAUUGAGGAGUGUACUUGCAUUAAAUCUGGUUGUUUUAGCAAAGAUUAUGCUACAACAUAUUUUCCCCAGCUAUAAUUUAAGCUCCCUGUUGAGGGCCAACCUUCAAUUUUGUAAAUUUCUGAUUUAUUACCACUAAUUCCCAUGGAAAGUUUCCAACUUUGAAAAUUUCCAGAAUUUUGCAACCCUAUACAGGAGUAAAAUCAAAUAAGAGAACUGGAUGGGUUUGAAGAUUUGAUGUAUGUGCAGGUUCUUCUACAAACACAUCUGGAGGCAGUGGGAUGAGGAGGAUGAAGAUGAUGACUUUGAUUACUUUGUGCGCUGUGUGGAGCCUCGUCUGCGCCUGUGAGUACUCUUACAACAGUGAUGAUGAUGAUGAUGAUGAUGAUGAAGGUGUGCUGGUUCUUAUUCCUGUCUGAAUACCUGUCUUUGCUUUCAGCUACUAUGACAUGCUGGAGGACCGGGUCCCUGCAGGUCUGGUGACAGAGUAUCAGUCCCUGCUGGAGUCCUGCUCUAAGUGCUUCAAUCAGUUCUCGGCUCUGCGCAGCGACCUGGGCUCAGACUCUGACUCUGAGCUUGAUAACGUGUCCAUGGUGGAGGGACUGAAGCUGUACGAGCAGCUGGAGACACUGCGCCGCAAACUGCAUAUCAUCGAGAACCCUCUGCUCAGGUAAACACACCUUCAUCACAGUCCCAUAUGGAACAGCCACUCACUGAACUGUCAACAUCUCGUGUUUGUGUGUGAGAAUUCAGCAUUAUUAGGCAUCUACAACACUCUGAUCAGGUAGGACCCUAUCCCUCUUUCAGGUAUGUGUUGGGUUACCGUGGCAACAGCAGGCAGCAAAGUGUUCAGAGUCGGGGUCUCAGGUGCACAGGUGUGAAGGUGAUCCACGUGGUGACAGCAUCCUGCAGCAGCCACCAACUACAGUCCCUCCUCACAGACCGCCUGCUGCCUCUGAGCUCCUCUGAAGACACACAGAUACAGGUAACACACACACAAACACACACACACUUUGACUAUGUUCAAGUCUGAGUGGGUGUGUGUGCAGACUUACAAUAUCUUAAACAUUUUUAAGCAAUUUAUAAGGAGUUGAAGUCCUCACAGUGUAAAGUCAUCGUCAUCCGUGUGUGUGUGUGUGUGUUUUCAGUUCCACAGUGAUCCAGUAUCAGCAGUGGACUCCUGUCAUCAGGGGGACGUGGUUUGUAUUCUGCCUGGGACCUACAGUGUGACCAGCUCCAUCUGCAUCCCCGACUCCAUCACUGUGGAAGGUACACACAAACACAAACACACUUAUACACAAGUUUAUCUGCAUUUAAACUACAUAGUCUUUGUUCUCUAACAGUGAUGGUUCUGGUGGAUAUAUGUGUGUGUGUGUGUGUGUGUGUGUGUGUGUACGCUCUUAUGUGUGUCAGGGUUUGGACCUCCUGAUGAUGUUGUGAUAGAGAAGAAGAACAAAGGAGACUCGUUUGUGGAGUCGACGGGACCUGAAGUCAAACUGUCCAACAUCAAAUUCAUCCAACAUGACGCCAUCGAGGGAAUCCUCUGUGAGUGCGCACACACACACACACACACACACACACACACACACACACACACCUCCAUCCGUGAUACAAAUAUCAUAGCUGAACAUUGUGCUGAUGCGCUGUGUACUGUCUGUAUUACCUGUGUUCGUCUGCCAGGUGUGCGUCAGGGCACUGUGAACAUGGAGAACUGUGUGUUGCAGUGUGAAACCACAGGAGUGAUCGUGAGAACGUCAGCCUGUCUCAGCAUGAAGAGGUGUGACCUGUAUGGGUCAAAGGUCAGACUCUAUAUACACACACUUUAAUAGUAAUAAAACAAAGAGUAUAUGUGUAACAGUGGCUAACAACAAUGAAGUAUUACUUCACUCUGACAGUAUGGUCCACAAAGACUCAGCUGUAAAUAAAACUGGUGCGUAGGAUGAGUAAUUAUCAACUGUGUGUGUUUGCGUGUGCAUGUGCAGGGGGCAGGUGUGGAGAUUUACCCCGGCAGUGUCUGCAGUCUGACAGGAAACGGCAUCCAUCACUGUAAGGACGGGAUCCUCAUCAAGGUGAGACACAGACACAGGCCCAAUCCCAAACCGCCGCCUACACACUCGUAGCCUGGCUGGGCCAUCCUGUUGCGUGACUCACUUGCUGAUUUUUUAGUAAUUUUGAUACUUAAGUAGAAAGAACGUGAUAUAUUUAAGACUUGGACUCGAGUAGAAUUCUCAUGGGAGACUUUCACUUUGACUUGAGAGUCAUUUUCUGGUGAGGCAACUGUACUUCAACUCAAGUAUAUUUGUUUGGUACUUCAUACAACACUGUGCCCCAUCCUUCACAUCAAUGUGAGCUGUGUGACCAUGUGUAUAUUUGAUCCAUGCGAUUAUGUGUGUUCUUGAUGCAGGAUUUUGCUGAUGUGCUGGACGUGAUGCCGUCCAUCACCAUGGAGAACAACGUGAUCCACAACAACGAGGGAUAUGGAGUGAUUCUUGUGAAACCAAACAACGGAGAGACACAGAGAGCUGAAGGUAGAAGGAUGAUCCAUUAAAGAGCUGUAGGGAGGGGGCACUUUAAUCAAGGGGGACCACAUCUAAGGGGGCGGGGCUACAAGUUUCCAUAAAGUCUUUAUUUAACAGUUUCAUUCUGAACAUUUAAUCUGUCCUCAGGGGACUCUGCCGGACCCUCACCUGACCUUCUAUUCACACUGCAACUUCCACCUGCAGAGAACCAUGGCACAGAGGGUGGAGCUUCCACAGAGGCCGGAGCCUCCACCUCAGGCAAGAAGUGGGCGUUCAGCCGUCAGCUGAGCAGAAACAAAGAGACUUCCUGUGUGAGCCGAGCGGUGGAGGACCUGACGGAGCUCCCGGUGUUUGUGUCGAUAACAGGAAACCAGUUCAGACGGAACGGGAUGGGAGACUACGGGACAUUCUACUACUAAUCUACUCUCACAUACACACCACACACACACACACUCAAUUACAGACACAUAAACACAUUUUUGGACUAAGAGUGUCUACUUUUUUUGUCUUGAGCUCUGAGAGAAAGAUGCCGAUGACUCCACCCACAGAUUGAUCUGAGAUUAUUGUUUUUUUGCUUCACUGACAGCAGAUCUGAUCUGAUCUGCAGAGAUGCUGAUGAAACAGGAAGUGAUGUCAUGAGUUACAAACGGAGCUCUGAACGAUGUUUUUAUCUAAUUUAUUCUUGGUGCUGCAGAGGCUAAAUGUUUUAUUUCUUUUAUAUUUUUUGAAUGAAUUCACUGGGCACUUUGAACACAGGUUUGAUAGUUUGGGGUUGUUUUAUGGAUGUUACCUAUCAGGUGAGAUGGGAUCAGGUGGUGUUUAUAGUUCAGAUAUUCUUUGUUUGGUUAUCACGAGGCAUUCAGGAGUUGAAGAUUUAGUGACAUGUUUUCAGGCUGAGGGUGAAAUAAAUGUUGAGUUUUAGUUUUUUUCCACUGUCUGAUCAUGAAGUGAGUGUGUUUGAUUUUUGUACAGAUUGUUAAAUGAAUUUCCUGCAGAUUAAAAAGGUCUGUUAUAAACUCUAAAUUGUCUCAGUUUGGUUUCGUAGAGGAUGUUGCUCCUCUUUUCUCUGUCAGAGAUGGUUGGGGUCCAGCAGCCACUCAAGCUGCUCUCACAUCUGUGCCAGCUAACUGUCAUUAUUUCCCCUCUCUCAAGUCUAGCCUGAUGCACCUUUUAAUGAUUCUUCAACACUGUUAACAGGCAGAGGUGAGACAUUCUAGAAAUUUUUUAUCUCUACUGAAGAUAAACAGUAAAAAUAAACUGGUUUGUUGGUGGGGUUGACUGAGAGAGAGGAUUAGUGACACCUUCAAACAAUCAGCAUGCUGAUGCCUGUGUUAAUGAGGCCGAUGAAAGAAAAUAAACCGAUGAUUACUGCAGACAGCCUCAUUGGUGUGGCUGCCGUGGAGCAAUACUAACCCCCUUUUAAAUGAAAAAGGGUAACACUGCAGAGGAUCCAGCUGCACCAACUCAAUACAGAUGCACUGUGAGGAGGAUGGAGAUGACAUUUCGUAGGAAAAUAUUAUGUGCACAUGCUUUAAUUGAAUGUUUUGUCAGUACUUGAUCAGUUGUUUGAUUAUGUGAUCAUAAUAAAUUCUUUUCACUGAUAUUAUUUGUAUCCUUCCUUUGAAACAAGAAGCAAAUACAGAAAACAGAAAAGGGCCAAAAAGCGUUUUUGAUGGGGUCAUACUUACAUGCCAAUGUCUAAACUUUCCCUUCAUGGGAUUCCUUGGGUCAUUUUUUCAGUUAUUCAGGACAUAUUGAAGAUACAAUAUCUGAAGAAUUUGGUUUUGUUGUAGUUAGUAUUGUUCAAGGAACAAAAACAAUAAAAUCUAGCAGAAAGAGCCAAAAAGCGUUUUUUGUGGGGUCAUACUUAAAGGCCAAUUUCUAUACUUUCCCUUUAUAGAAUUCCUUGGGACUUUUUAUCAGUUAUUCAAGACAUAUUGAGGAUACAAUAUCAGCAGAAUUUGGUUUUGUUGCAAUUAGAAUUUUACAAGUAAUAACAAAAAUAUUUAUAUAAUCUACCAGAAAGGGCCAAAAAGCGUUCCUGGGGGGGUCAUACCUUAAGGCCAAUCUCUAUACUUUCCCUACACAUAAUUCCUUAAUACUUUUUUCAUAUUAAGGACACAAAAUCAGCAGAGUUUGGUUUUGUUGCAAUUAGUGGGAGGUUGACCCCCAUUUUUGUGUUAAAUGCCUGUACUAUUCUGCAGCACAGUCUUUAAGCGGCCUUGGAGGCACACCAUCUGGACCAGCUGCCUUCUCAUGGUGAUGUCUUCCAAGCUCCAACCUCACCGUUGUUUCAGUGACAGACAAGGGUUGAUGUACUGGGAGGAAGGUGGUUGAGACAUUCGGAUGAGACGAAGGAGGAAGAGGAGAAGUUGUAGUGGAGAUUUGUUGCGGAGAGGAAGGUGGAGUAGUAGUGGAAGUCGGUAUGUCAGCAGUGUCAAAUCUGUUGAAGAACAGGUUGAGUUCAUCAGCUCUUUCCACAUCACCCACGAUGUCUGUCUUUUCUUUCUAUUGCUGUGUCAAGAGAUGGUGCUGAUUCCUCUCCACACUUCACAGGUGUUGCUGUCGUCUCUAUCUUCUUUUUGUUUUUCAGAUUCUGUAUUCAAACAAACAAAACAAGCUCUAAAUGUUAUGUUU